GCGUACACGGAUUCAACAGUAGGGUUCAUCGAACUAUCUAAAACCACUUUCCCUAGACAUCUAUAAAAAAAAGGAACUCCACUUGAUCAGCAGUGACCCAAAACCCAUGCAAAGAUACCUUAAUACUUAAUUCGAGGGCACUAACAAGGAGAAGAGAAGUGUGUGCAUAUAUUUUACAGUUGAAGUUUCCAGAGCACAAUGAGCAUAGUCGAAACAAUGAAGGCUGCCAAGCCUUUCUUUGCUGUUGUUUUCUUGCAAUUUGGGCUUGCCGGCAUGGAUAUUCUCUCUAAGGCAGCACUAAACCAGGGGAUGAGUAACUACGUGCUCGUUGUCUACCGCCACGUUGUUGCCACUGCUGUCGUUGCUCCUUUCGCCGUCAUACUGGACAAAAAAGUGAGACCGAAGAUGACGCUUUCGAUCUUCAUCAAGAUAAUGCUGCUCGCUUUGCUGGAGCCAGUUCUGGACCAAAAUCUGUACUUUAUGGGAAUGAAGUACACAACAGCAACGUUUGCAGCAGCUAUGUGCAAUAUUCUUCCCGCCCUUACUUUUGUAAUGGCUUGGGUUCUUAGGCUUGAGAAAGUGAAUUUGAAAAGCAUCCGGAGCCAAAGUAAGUUGGUUGGAACUGUAGCAACCGUUGCAGGUGCCAUGAUCAUGACCCUCGUAAAGGGUCCACUUUUGCAUUUAUUUUGGACCAGAGCUAGCCAUGAACAGCAUACAAGUGCCGCUACUAGCCUCCAAGAUUCGAUCAAGGGUUCCCUAAUGAUCACAGUCGGCUGCUUCUGCUGGGCUUGUUUCAUGAUUCUGCAGGCAAUCACACUGAAAACGUACCCAGCUGAGCUCUCCCUUUCGGCUUGGAUAUGUGCGUUGGGCACACUGGAAGGAACUGCUGUAGCAUUGGUGAUGGAAAGGGGAAAUGCUGCCGUCUGGUCGAUAAAAUGGGAUACAAAAUUAUUGGCAGCUAGUUACAGUGGAAUAUUCUGUUCAGGACUAGCUUAUUACAUUCAAGGAGUAGUAAUGAAAUACAGAGGCCCUGUGUUUGUGACAGCAUUCAGUCCCCUGAGCAUGGUUAUUGUUGCUGUCAUGAGCUCCUUCAUCCUGCGUGAGCAAAUGUUUCUUGGAAGGCUGCUGGGUGCUGUGGUCAUAAUCGCAGGCCUAUAUCUCGUUGUCUGGGGUAAAGCCAAAGAUUACGAGUCCCCGGAAAAAACAAUCGAAGAUGAAUUAACGGCAACGAAGCAAGCACAAGAUGAAAAAGCUCUUGAGGCCAUCACAAUCGCACCAUCUUGCAAAUGAAAUGCAAGGAGAUGGAAAAGAAAAUAUGACAAAAGGAAUCCAAUAUCUAUAUAUCUCUCAUACGAACAUAUUCUAAACAAAUUUCACCGAGCGAUGUGAACCUUGGAGAUCGAUUAGCAAAGUUGGUCACUAAUUCAGGCCCUGCUUGUGACUAGUGUUUAAUCGGUCAUGCCGAAGACCAAUUUUCUUGUAGUAAUGUUUUAGGUUUCUCUUUGGUCUAUCUAUUUACAUCAGUUUGCAUAAUAACAAUAAGAAUGACAAAAAAUCUUUCAGAAAGCAA